AAGCAAAAAAAAAAAGUGCUUUUGAAGCCACCUGUUCUUUCAGGCAUCACUCAGACAAAUCUGCCCCAUUUCGAGGAAAAAUGGCGAGGAUACUUUGGUCAAGAAGCUAAACAAUAGCUUUGAUAGCAUGCGACGAUCAAUACUCGCUGCUGAUAACCAGAACUCUCAUUCUUUGUUUUGCGCUCCUGCACCCAAGUAGCCUCUUACCCAGUGAACGCUGAUACCUUCGGAUCAUGACCAAGUUCUCAAUUUUUGCGCUGCUCGUCGUGCUCCUCGCUGUUAUGAGCUGUACUCAAGCCGAUGAUGCGGUCCCAACCGAUUUGGAGGAAGUCCCGGCCGGAGUGACACUUGUCGGAGGCGAGGAACCCAUUCCUGAAACAAGCUCGGAACAAUUCAUCGUUGGGCGCGGUCGGUUCUUCCGUCACCGCUUCCGUUUCCCUUACGGCGGUGGUUUCCGCUACGGAUGGCGCUACCCUCUUGGCUGGUGGGGCAAGUUCGGUCGUCCCAUCUACGGACCAGGCUGCCUGUUUGGUCGUCCUAUUGGAGGCUUCUUCUACUGUUAAAUGGCGGUGAAGUUUCCAGCGAAGCCAGAUGCAUAUGAAUUGCCAGGACUGACAGAUCGUUGACGGCAUUUGCGAUAAUCAACAUGAUCUUUGAUGAUUAACAUGCCUUUAAA